AUGACUGUUGUUCGGUGGAUCCAUGCCAGCCAUCGUCGUUACAACGUGUUCGUCGCAAACAGAAUAGCUGAGAUCCUGGAUUCAACGACCCCUCCGCAAUGGAGACAUGUUCCUGGUGUACUUAACCCAGCAGACGAAUGCAGUCGUGGUCUCUGUCCGUCCGAGCUCGAUCCAAAUCAUCGCUGGUACCGUGGACCUGAGUUUCUAGUUUUGCCGCCCGAGCAAUGGCCGGCCCAGAUUCCAGCGACAGAAUUGAUCGACCACGAAGACGAGUCUAUUGGCUGUUUCCUAAUCGCCAAUCCUAGCGGGCCAGUAGAUGACGUGGCACGAGCCGAUAAUCUACAUCGCCUAAUUCGCAUCGCCGCUUGGAUUGAAAGAUUCGUUCGCAACAUCCAGAUCCUCGUUCAUCGGAGAGGUGCCAGAGAAAGGUCUUUUCUGGAUGGCAAUCAUGAAGAAGCAGCGACCGGACAAAAUGACACCGGAAUCAUUCGUGUUGGUGGCCGCCUCGAAAAUGCCCCCAUCAGCGCUGAAGCCCGUCAUCCUGCCGUUCUGGAACCCAAGCAGCCGCUCACCCGAUUGUUCAUACGCUGGGCGCAUAUUUCCGUGGCUCAUGGACGAGCUGAUCGCACUCUUGCGGAAGUUCGUGCUCGCUACUGGGUUUUGAAAGGACGCGAAGCAACAAAGUCGGUCAUCACGACUUGCCUGUACUGUUCCCGCAUGAGAGCCAAGCCGUUUCAGCCGAUGAUGGCCCCGCUUCCAGCGGAGCGGGUCCAACCGUUCAGCCCUCCAUUUACCCGUAUUGGAGUGUACUUCCUCGGUCCCUUCCCUUUUUCAAUUGGCCGGCGAACAGAAAAUCGUUGGAUUGCACUUUUUACCUGCCUCUCCACCCGUGCUAUCCACCUCGAAACUACCCCGUCCAUGGAUGUGAAUUCCUUUUUAAUGGCUUUUACCCGUUUCGUCAGUCGUCGGGGUGCCCCGACCGAUGUUUUUAGCGACAACGGUACCAAUCUGACAGCAGGAGAACGUGAGCUGCGUGAGGCGGUUACCCGCCUUAACGACGUGAAAAUCGCUGACCAACUUGCUCAGAAAGAAAUUCGUUGGCACUUCUCCCCGCCUUCUGCCCCGCAUUUCGGAGGUGUUUGGGAGCGUCUGGUUCUCUCGUGCAAGGAGGCCCUGCGCGCUAUCCUCGGUCAGCAGACGGUGAAGGAGGAAACCUUUGCAACGGUCAUCAUCGAAGUUGAGGGCCUGCUCAACAAUCGACCGUUGACGGAUCUAGGUGCGGUCCCGCAAGAAUUCGAGCCGUUAACCCCGAAUCAUUUUUUGUUGGGGCGCCCCAAUCCCCACUUGCCCGCUGACGUCAUCGACCCGGAAAUCAAAUGUUUUCGCCGAAGAUGGUUUCAUGCACAGCAGAUCGUGGAUCGUUUGUGGAGCCGGUGGUUACGGGAAUACCUGCCGACCCUCACGACCCGCAACAAAUGGACCCGAUCGCGAAACAACUUGGAGGUGAACGACAUGGUGCUUAUGGUGGAUCCAAAGUCGCCGCGCGGACACUGGCCAAUUUAUCGUGUUGCCAGAGUUUUACCUGGCUCUGAUGGUGUAGUACGCGCGGCUGAAAUCAUUACGAAGUCCGGCAAGACCUACACCCGCCCAGUUGUGCGAUUAUGUCGCUUGGAAGCCUUUAGUGCUGCUUAA